UUUGCCUAAAAAUAAUUUAUUCUCAUUGUCAGCCUCUCUUUUUCGCCGCAAAAUUCUCAAUUUUUUUUAAGAAAUCUCUAUCUUUUAUUAUAUGUAUCAUCUUAUCUAUCUUUCAAUUUCCCUGUUUUCCCCUGUGGAGGUAGGCAUUGGGCUAAGAAUUAGGGUUUCUAGCUGUGGCAUCCUGAUAUGAGUGCUUGAUUUUGUAUAUUGUGCGCUUUUGUUUUGUGUGUCACACAUCUUCCCCACAAGCCGGUUCUUAACUUUUCCCAUCUUUAUGGCUGCUGUCUCUGGACCACUGUCUCCCCAUCCAGCAGGAACUGAGAUGGACUAUCUCGGGGAUGAAAAGAAAACAAGGAUUGAAUCUUUGAAAAAGAAAGCUAUCAAUGCCUCCAAUAUAUUUAGAAACUCUUUGACAAGAAAGGGUAGGAGAAGUAGUAAAGUAAUGUCUAUUGAAAUUGAGGAUAUCCAUGAUGCUGAGGAAUUAAAGGCCGUUGAUGCUUUUCGCCAAGUACUUAUUUUGGAGGAACUCCUACCCGCACAACACGAUGAUUAUCAUUUGAUGCUCAGAUUCUUGAAGGCCAGGAAGUUUGAUCUUGAAAAAACAAAGCAAAUGUGGUCCGAUAUGGUUCAUUGGAGGAAAGAAUUUGGUGCCGACACAAUCAUGGAGGAUUUUGAAUUCACGGAAAUUGAUGAAGUCCUGAAAUACUACCCUCAAGGGCAUCAUGGUGUGGAUAAGGAAGGAAGACCUAUUUAUAUCGAGAGACUAGGCCAAGUUGAUGCUAACAAGCUAAUGCAAGUCACGGACCUCGACAGAUAUGUCAAAUACCAUGUGCAGGAGUUUGAGAGAACUUUUGCUGUUAAGUUUCCGGCUUGUUCAAUUGCAGCAAAAAAGCACAUUGAUCAAAGUACAACCAUCCUGGAUGUGCAAGGAGUGGGCCUCAAAAACUUCAAUAAAGCUGCAAGGGAUCUUAUCACUCGCCUUCAAAAGAUUGAUGGUGACAAUUACCCUGAGACCCUGAACCGCAUGUUCAUCAUCAAUGCUGGUUCUGGAUUUAGAAUGCUGUGGAACACUAUUAAGUCUUUCCUUGAUCCUAAGACCACAGCAAAGAUCCAUGUUCUUGGCAACAAAUAUCAGAGCAAAUUACUUGAGAUAAUUGAUGCCAGUGAGUUGCCUGACUUCUUGGGAGGUUCCUGCACUUGUGCUGAUCAACGUGGCUGCAUGCGCUCUGAUAAGGGCCCAUGGAAAGACCAAGAGAUAUUGAAGAUGGUUCAAAAUGGUGAUCAUAAAUGCUCCAAGAAACGUGAGAGUCAGAAUCCUGAUGAUAGGACAGUUGAGGAUGAGACACUGUUCUUAAAGGGGGACCAGUUAGAUUACUCUCAAGUUGCUCCUCUUCUUGCACAAGUUUCCAAGAAGUUUCAGGACUAUGGCCCUAUAAUUGAGAAGACGGUUGAUAUGACUUGGAAAAAAUUGGUAGAGGACGAUAAAUUAUCCGGUCGUAAAGCAGACUGUUACAAUAAUUAUGAAGGAUGCAAGCUUUUCGAAGCAAAUGGCUCCCCGAUUCUGACUGGUGUGAUGGCUUUUGUUAUGGGUAUUGUCACAAUGAUUAAAGUGACGCGCAACAUGCCCAAGAAGCUUACAAAUGCUACCAUCUACUCCAGUUCUGGCUAUUGUGAUGAAACCGAUGUCAAAGGCCGGGGACUUGAAUGUGGUGUAUCUACUGCAGAUUAUAUGAAUGUCAUCAAACGCAUGGCUGAAUUGGAAGACAAAGUGAGUGUUCUUAGCAUGAAACCUGCUGUGACACCAGUGAAAGAGGAAACAAUGAAUGCUGCUUUAAGCAGGGUUGAUGUCUUGGAGCAAGAGCUUGCAGAAACCAGAAAGGCUCUGGAGGAUUCACUUGCUCGACAGGAGGAGCUUGUUGCUUAUCUUGAGAAAAAGAAGAAGAAGAAGAAGCUGGUACACUACAGAUUUCAUAACAAUUUCACUUGGUGAAUGAAGAAAUGCUGGAUGCCUAAGAGGAUCUGCUGGUGAGCUAUUUUCUGUAUUCCAAGGUCACCGCCUAUAUGCACUGUGGAUUAAAGUUUCGUAUAGAGAAUAGAAAUCGGAGGUUUUUGUCCUGAUAUACAAUUUUUCUCUUUCCAUACAAAUAUAUCAACAAUAAAAACUGGCAUCUUACAGAUUUAUUAAGAAUUUGUCGAGAUAAAUGCCCGAAUAUGUGUGCGUCUAUGUUUAUAUGUAUAUAAUGAGUGGUAUGUAUGACGUAAAAGUUUAGCAAGCAUGAAUUCUGAGUUGGAGUAAUAUUCUUGAAGAAUAGCAACCAGAAAAUUGCAAUUAUGUUUUAUCAAUUUUUUAUUCAUUCUAUCAUGAAAUGCAUACAAGUUUUUGGUCGACA